GCCAGAUGGGAGUGUGCCUGGCUUAGGUCUGACGCCUCCCCCAGCCUGGGCGCCGGUUCCGACCCCCCUUCACCUCCUGUUAGUUCACCCCUUCUUGUGGGGGUGCUUGGCUUAAAGAACGACCCUCCCGCAUCCGCAGCCCCUCCCACCGUCUGCUCCCCAGCUGGGCCCCGCCCGAGGAGAGGGCGAGGAAGAGGAGGCGAUGGCCCCCGUGCUGCUGACAGCCCCGGCCCCCCGCCAGGAAUCGGUGACGUUCAAUGACGUGGCCGUGGACUUCACCCAAGAAGAGUGGGGGCACCUGGACCCUUCGCAGAAGGAUUUGUACCGGGAUGUGAUCCUGGAAAACUACAGGAACCUGGUGUGCCUGGGACUUGCAGCUUCCAAACCAGAAGUGAUUGACCAGCUGGAACGAGGGGAAGCUCCUUGGAUGCCCGAGAGCCGUGUCCCAGGAAGCACCUGUCCAGAACAUCACAGAGUGAGGACUCUCCCUUGUCGAGAGAGCCGUUGGGGUGCAGAAGAAAGCCGACCUGGGAGGCGGCUGACCCAGCUUUGUGGCAGCGGCCCUGGGGGUGGUGGGGAUGGUGGUGAGGAUGGUGAUAAGGAUGAUGAAGAUUCAGAAACUGGGUCAGAAACCAAGGAGGCCCCUCCCAAGUGGGGCCCUGCCUUGGAAGACUCCUCCUGGGAGCGACUCCCGAGGGAUGGUCCCUGCGUGUCCGUGCUGGGAGAAGCCUGGGAAUGGAAGGCCGGCCUAGAUAUGCAGCAGAUCAGUGACCAACGUUCUGGGCGGGCGAGGAAGCCCCGUCGUGAAGCGCGAGGCGAGGAACAUCCGAGAGCUGCCGGGGACGGCUGCCGCCCCGAGUCUGGCCUGUUUCCCCAACAGCAAGUGUCUGUAGUGGAGACGCUCUACAAAUGCGACAUCCACAGAGGAAGCCUCAGUCUGUGUUCAGACCUCAGUAAAGGUGGCAGAAUGUGCUCCAAGAAGAUGUUCUCCAGUUCCCCGAGUCACAACUCAGAUGCUCCCGAGGAUCCCCAAAGGCAUCCUGAAGAGAAGCCUUGCGGAUGUCGUGAAUUCGGGAAGGCCUUUGGCCGGAGCGUUCGUACGGGAGGGAAGUUCCCAAGUGAGCCGCCGCGCCCCGAAGAGAGACCCUACGAGUGUCACGAGUGCGGGAGGGCCUUCCACCACGUCUCCUCUCUCAACUCCCAUCAGAGGACGCACACCGGGGAGAGGCCGUACGAGUGCAGCGAGUGCGGGAAGGCCUUCUGCCGGAGCACCCACCUCAUCGAGCACCAGACCAUUCACACCGGGGAGAAGCCCUACGAGUGCAGCGAGUGCGGCAGGGCCUUCCGCCAGAGCGCCCAGCUCACGCGCCACCAGCGGAUCCACACCGGGGAGAAGCCCUACAAGUGUCACGAGUGCGGGAAGGCCUUCAACCACAGCUCCUCCCUCACUUCCCACCACAGGAUCCACACCGGAGAGAGACCCUACGAGUGCAACGAGUGCGGCAAGGCCUUCAACCACUUUUCCUCCCUCACUUCCCACUACAGGAUCCACACCGGAGAGAAGCCCUACGAGUGCGGCAUCUGCGGGAAGGCCUUCUACCACAGCUCCUCGCUUACCUUCCACUCCAGGAUCCACACGGGCGAGAGGCCCUACGAGUGCAAUGACUGCGGGAAGACCUUUAAUCACAUUUCCUCCCUCAUUUCCCAUCAUCGGAUCCACACCGGAGAGAAGCCCUACGAGUGCCACCACUGCGGCCGGGCCUUCCGCCGGAGCACCCAUCUCAGCCGACAUCAGGUCGUGCACACGGGAAACAAGCUUGGAUGUCUGUCUUCCAAGGUUUUGGCCCUCGUGCUCUUUGGGAAUUACGGCCAUGGCACACUACUGGAAUAUACCGAGGAGGGGGUGACAGGAUCUCUUCAGGCAAAUCCCUUUGGCCCCAAGGAUGAUGGCCUGGAGGACGAAGAGCCUGAAGGGGAGGAGGCUGUUGCAGUAAGCCAGACAGGCCUGCCUUUGGGCAAAGCCCGGGGGAAGCUGUACGGAGGCAGCGAGGCGGGUCCGGUCCGGGUGGAAGCAGCCUCGGGGGAUCCCCCGAGGGCCGCGCCGGAGCCGAGCCCGGCAGGAUCCCGAGAGGGGGCGCCCGAGCGUCCUCCGGUUCUAGCCAAGACCCGACCCCGAGCUGAACGAGGUCCCAGCCGUCCACCCGGCGGCGCUCCUGCCACUGUCGGGAGCCUCCAUGUGUGCGCCGAGUCCCACCUCCUGCCUGCUGCCUGCAAGCCCAGCCCUUCUUACUUGUGCUCUGCCCCUCCCAAGGCGAAGGAGGUUCCUGGCAAGGUGGGGGAUGGCCCUCCUGUUCCUGGCAGCCAGGACCCCCCAGGGAGGGCCCUGGGUCCGAGGGGAGACGGGCUCAUCCUCCCACAUCCCGUGCCUCGGGUUGUCAAUGGCAGAGGCAGGUUUGGAAGCCGAGCUGCGCUGCGUCUCCUUCAGCACGUGUAUCUGGGGUUUCAGGGCUCCGUGACAUUCCGGGACGUGGCUGUGAGCUUCACCCAGGAUGAGUGGGGGCGCCUGGACCCUUCCCAGAAGGAGCUGUACCGGGAGGUGAUGCUGGAGAACUACCAGAACCUGGUGUGCCUGGGCCUGGCCUCUUCAAAGCCGGAUGUGAUCGAGCAGCUGGAGCGAGGGGAAGCCCCCGGGAUGAGGGUCAGCUGUGCAGCAUGCCUUGCACCUCCUGGGGUUCCCUCCCUCUACUUCCUGGUGUGGGACAUUCUGCCCCAGGGAGGGAUCUUUGAAUGGCGUUUGGAGCUGGUCCAGAGCGAAGAGCAAACAUAUGAAUAUAACUGUGGGAAAGCCUUCAACGAUAGCCCAUCCGGUAAUUCCCAUCAGUUAACUCGUAUUGGAGAGAAACCCUAUAUUUGUAAUGAAUGUGGGAAAGCUUUCUUUCUGGGUAUACACCUUAUUGAACACAAGAGAAUUCAUACUGGGGAGAAACCUUAUGAGUGCAAUGAAUGUGGGAAAGUUUUCCGCCUUAAUACACAACUUACUCGACAUCAGACAAUUCAUACUGGGGAGAAACCUUAUGAAUGCAAUGAAUGUGGGAAAGUCUUCCGCCAGAGUGCUCACCUUAUUCGUCAUCAGACAAUUCACACUGGGGAGAAACCAUAUGAAUGUAACGAAUGUGGCAAGGUUUUCCGCUUGAGUGCACAUCUUACUUGCCAUCAGACAAUUCAUACAGGAGAAAAACCUUAUGAAUGUAGUGAAUGUGGAAAGUCUUUCCGUGAGAAGAAAGGUCUAAUUUAUCAUCAGAGAGUUCAUACUGGAGAGAAACCAUAUGUCUGUCCUGAAUGUGGGAAAGCUUUCCGCCAGAGAACAGGACUAAGUUAUCAUCGGAAAGUUCACACUGGAGAAAAACCAUAUGAAUGUCAUGAAUGUGGGAAAGCCUUUCGUCAGAGAACAGGACUAAGUUAUCAUCAGAGAGUUCAUACUGGGGAGAAACAUUACGAAUGUCAUGAGUGUGGGAAAGCCUUCUGGCAGAGUUCACAACUUACCCAACAUCGAAGAAUUCACACUGGAGAAAAACCUUUCGAAUGUUCUGAAUGUGGGAAGGCCUUCCGUCUGAUCGCACAGCUUAACCAACACCAGAGAGUUCACACUGGAGAAAAACCUUAUGAAUGUCAUGAAUGUGGGAAAGCUUUCUGGCAAAAUGCAGAACUCAUUUAUCAUCAGAGAAUCCAUACUGGAGAGAAACCUUAUAAAUGUAAUGAAUGUGGGAAGGCCUUCCGCCUAAGUGAACAGCUUUCUCGACAUCAGAGAAUUCAUACUGGGGAGAAGCCUUAUGAAUGUAAUGAAUGUGGCAAAGCAUUUCGUGUGAGUGGAAAGCUUACCCAACAUCAGAGAAUACAUAAUGGAGAGAAACCUUAUAAAUGUCAUGAAUGUGGGAAGGCUUUCUGCCAGAGCUCAGAACUUACUCGACAUCAGAAAAUACACACAGGAGAGAAACCUUAUGAAUGUCUUGAUUGUGGAAAAGCCUUCCGACAGAGUGCAGAGCUCACACUGCAUCAAAGAAAUCACACUGGUGAGAAGCCAUAUGAGUGUCAUGAGUGUGGGAAGGCUUUUACUACCAGUUCAGCCCUUACUUACCAUCAAAGAAUUCAUACUGGAGAGAAACCAUAUGAAUGUCACGAAUGUGGAAAAGCAUUUUCCCGACGGGCAACACUUAGUCAACAUUUAAGAAUUCAUACUGGUGAUAAACCAUAUGAAUGUCACGAAUGUGGAAAGGCCUUCCCCCAGAGGGUAGAACUUAUUCGACACCAUAGAAUUCAUGCUGGAGAGAAACCUUAUGAGUGUAAUGAAUGUGGGAAGGCCUUUUGGGAGAGUGCAGAAUUAAUGUAUCAUCAGAGAAUUCACACUGGAGAGAAACCUUAUGCAUGUACUGAAUGUGGGAAGGCCUUUCGGGUGAGAACACAGCUUACUCGGCACCAGAGAAUUCACACUGGAGCCAAACCUUAUAAAUGUAACGAAUGUGGGAAAGCCUUUCGGCAAGGAAUGGCGAUGGGAGCGGGGCUACGAGGAAAGCUGAGCGCCACAGAAUUGGCGUUUUGGAUGGUGCUGCUGGUGAAGACUUUGGAGAGUCCUUUGGAUGGCAAAAAGAUCCAGCCAGGCAAUGCUUAA